GCUGUUAGAAGGAGGAACACCUACACGAAUUUUAACUUGAACAGGAAAACAAAGAAAAUUAGGAAUGUCUUUAUUCGUGCUGUUUUUGUUGCACCAAACAGUUUUUGUGUAUGGUAGAUCGAAUGAUUUUUUAACAAUCAAACGACACAGCAACCAGAAUAGAACAGUAGACGGUUUCACCGUGACAGGAUUGUAUGAGAGGAGUACAUGCCAAGAAAAAUGCAGCCAUUUUAAAACAAGAGUGGUUCCGUCUCCUAACGAUGAAUGUGCAUGCGUUUGCUCUCCUCGAGCAGCAACAUUUGGGAUAAAGAAUAGUACCUGGCAAUGCAUUAACAAUAGAGAGCUUCGCAUGAGGGAAUUGGCUGAUUGCAGGAAAACGUAUUUUAUCAACGAAAGUGAUGAAGACCCUUUGAGAAUGUUUGAGAAAGGACAAAGGGCUACUCUACAGGUGAACCCCGACAUAAAGUGUGAUAAUAAUAAAGUAAGCCUCAGUUUUCAAGCGUGGGACGGAGAGUUGGCACUGCAGAACGAAACGUCUGCCGAUUGGGGACUUAAGGUUACGAGACAAUGGACAGGCUCAACUCGUCGCUAUAUUCUUAAGAUAAAUGACGGCGAUAAUCUCAAAUAUUUGCACGGAAGAGUCAUAAAACUAACCAUUCCAUGUAUCGGGCCUGAGAAAUUUUGUUUGCUUUUCAAGAUGGCGGGGACGAUUACAUGUCCUCUAAUGAACAUUUCGACGCCCAAAUCACCUUUACCAACUGCAACCGUAGAGAAAUGUUUACCUUCCGAGGCGAUCGCCAGCACUCCAGACUCUAAAACCUUAAAGAAGGGUGUAUCCUCAACCAUACCCAGUACAAGAGCUGCUGUAGCGAUUAACACAGUAUUCCGGGUUACUGAAUCCCUGGAGCACAAUGAAAAACAUGAUCAAGACUAUACGGACAUUCAAGAGGCUUUUCAUAAAUUAUCAGUUCCUUUGGUCUUUGGAGUAGCGGUCGGAGUUGUCGCCGUGUUCCUGGUCUCUUUUUUCAUGGGUUGGCUUAUUUACCGGAAAAGAAACGAUAAGAAUUGUCGGAAGUCGUCGAAAAAGAAAACGCGUGCAGAUAAUGACAUGGACAAAAAAACGGACGCCGAAGGGGAGCCAGUGUACCAAAGCCUCUCUCCUUCGGCAGACGGCGACUUACCAAGAGGUGUAUACGUGCAACGAUAUAAGGUGCCUGAAGCUGUUUCUCAACGAAUACCAGAGAAACUGUUGUUGCAUGCUGAAGCCAAUGGACGAGACACGUUCAAACCAGCUGUAGCAUCAACGGAGGAGUACGAUUAUGCGGAGUCCUGUCUAAUGGUGCGAAAUAAGGGGCUAAGUAUAGGCUGCUCCUCCUUGCCAAUAAAGGCUCCUGCUAUGACUGAAGAGAAUGAUCCUUAUUACCAUGUACUUGAGACAGAGGACGAUGUCCUUAUACCAGGAAGUUCCAGCACUGAUGCUCACAGAAUACCCCAGGAAAGAGCAUCUGUUCUCCUCGCACCUCAGGAUUCUAAGCCAACCGAUUCACAAAGACCCUUCGACGAUGAAGAUGAUGAGGGCGCUCAGGUGGCUAAGGAUACGGACCCUUAUUACCAUAUACUGGAACGAUCAGAGUCAGAAGACCAUAAUUGUGGCAAUCAAGUGGGGUCCACAAUUGUGGCACAAUCAAUUCAAGAAAGUCCUGAACCCGAUGGUUAUAGAGAGCUUUCAUUAGAAGGACAAGUCUACACAGGUUACCAAGCUUUACACAAAUACACGUACAUAAGUGCCAGAGAGCCUGCAGUCAAAUGAGUAAAAUAAGAGAAAUUGUAUGGAGCCAUUUCGUAAAAAUGCUCGAAUCUGAACAAUACCGCAAAACGAUAGUUUAUUUCUCACCGAACACUUGAUACAUUCAUAGAUAAAUCCUAAAUAUAAAUAUAACGAUGAUUCGAAAGAUAUGUAUUCUAAAAUAGAAAAUACAAUAUUCGACUUACCGUCGCAAAAUUUAGCGCUGUAAAUUUGCACGUCAUAUAGUCCAGCUUUGAAAAUAGUUUUGAUUGAGAAUUACUAAUAAACUAAAGAUGAGGCUGCAACCUAAAAAAAUUCUUAAUUUUUCCUCGGCCUUGAAUGGCUUUUUUGGUCGAAAUAUUCACUUUUGUUUCUGGUUAUAGUAAACACUUGAUAAGGAGGUACGAUAAAUGAUAUUGUAAUGUAAAAUAGCCCAAAAUAGUGUGGAUGCUAAUAAUAAUGGUCGUAAAAGCCUUCUUUUGUAGAAGCGAUGGCCAGCGAUAUAGUCGUUUCCUAUGUUCUCAAACAUAAAUAUUACGUAGAAAUUCUAGAAUACGAAAGAAAACCACAACGGAAUGUUACGUUAAAAUUAAUAUUGAAAUACAGAGAUGAAUCGAUGAUACUUAGGACAGAACAUGCCAGAACUGAACAGAACGCUGACCAUGAUAUCUUUUUCGUGCUACAACCGCGUUGACACAAGCUUGCACUUUACGUCUGGAAUGAAGACUUGUGCACUUAUUAAGAGCGUAAUGAUUUCCGAACGAUGCAGACGAAAAGUGUAUUGAUCUGCUGUGUAAAUUAAAUGCCGUGAGCACUUAUCGUAACAAAAAAGAGGCAUAUAAUUGUGCUAGCAAUCAAACCCUUGAGGAAGCCUUGACUUAGCCUUAAAGAUUCACCUCGGCUUCUUAGUUCUUUGCUUUUUAACAGACAGACUGCAUCGAAAGUCGCCUGCUGAAAAGUGCAUUUCGUGACAUUUUCCGCAUGAGCAAUAUAAUAGAAAUGCUUUGUUUUGACCAUUCACGCACAAAGCCAUGAUAUUUGAUGAUCAACCAUGACCUUCUUGGUGAUGUCUCUUUGAAUUUGGUUUCUGUUCUUCUGAUUCAAUGAUUGUAUUUCCUGGUUUUGUUUACGAAUACACUUAUUCAAAAUUUA